CCACACACAAGCUCACCCAUAGAUACACCCGCGCCCGUCAAUGGCGGCAACGAGGACUGCAGCGGGGAGCAGCGAGCAUGGCGAGCCCGUCGAGCAGCCUGUGGGGCGCCCUGGGGCAAGCCUCCACCAUGGCGCAGCUGGUGGGCGUGGACGUGCUCGGGCUGGUCUCCAUGGUCUUGCAGGCCGCCCUGGUGGCGCGCCGCCACCGGGAUGCCUGCUUGCGGCUCGCGCAGCACGUGGAGCUCGUCGGCGGCCUGCUAAGGGAGCUGGAGCUCGCCGAGCUGAUGCGGCGGGAGGCCACCAUGCGACCGCUGGAGCAGCUCGGCGGCGCGCUACGGCGGUGCUACGCGCUGGUCACGGCGUGCCAGGACUGCGGCUACCUCCGCCGCCUGCUCCUGGGUGCCCGGAUGGCCGACGAGCUCCGCGUGGCACAGCAAGAGAUCGACAUGUUCAUCCGCCUCAUCCCGCUCAUCGCCCUCGUCGACAAUUCUACUGCAGAUAGUCGCCGUGUCAAGCAGGCUGAUGAGGGGGUGCUCUCUGUAGUCACAGAUAGUUCAAAUCAUCACAUCAGGUUUCCAACAAAAUCUUUGGAGUUGACCAAAAUCCGCAUUCAAGGAGCUACUGAACUCUGCAAUGCUGGAGAACAACCAUUUGUAGGAAAAGUGGACCUGCGAGAACAGAAUAUCGUUGACAUUGAAGAACUUGUGGAACUUUGUACCCGUAUGGAAGAGGCUUGCUCGGGAUUCACAAGGUUCGGUUUCUGUCAGAUCUUGGAUGCUACAGACAAUUUCUCAGAGAAGAUGAUAGUUGGGUGGGGAGGAUUUGGGAAGGUGUACAAGGGCCAGUUGCCUGGUGGACUUAAUGUUGCCAUCAAAAGAGCUGAUGAGCACGCAGCAAUGCUUGAAGUCAACAGUGAAUUGCAGCUUGCAAAGCUUCAGCAUGCCAAUGUGAUUAGGUUAUUGGGGUGGUGCAUCCAUGGGAAAGAAAGGAUUCUAGUGUAUGAGUUCAUGCAAAAUGGUUCCUUGGAUCGUUACCUAUGCGACAGAACAAAAGGGCCAAUGCUAAACUGGUCUAAGCGAUUCAAGAUAAUUACAGGGUUAACAGAGGGAAUUGUUUACCUGCAUAAGCACUCCAUGUUCUGGCUUGUCCACAGAGACUUGAAACCACAUAAUGUCCUCUUGGAUUGUAACAUGCUCCCAAAGAUUGCUGAUUUUGGAUCAGCUAGAGCUCUGAGUUCAGAACUAGCAGAAGAGCGCACGAGUAGGGUCGUGGGAACCAGUGGUUACAAGGCUCCGGAGUAUGCAUCUCGAGGAGUUUACUCGAUGAAGACAGAUGUGUUCAGCUUUGGCGUUUUGGUUCUGGUGAUUAUUAGUGGCCGAAAGAAUACCAUACUCGACAAGCGAGGGGUUGGUGAUCUUGUACGAGAUGCCUGGCGUAUGUGGAAGGACCAAAAGUUGCAUGAGCUUGUGGAUCCAUUGUUAGGGGAUGGAUAUGAAGUCUCUGAGAUAACGAAAUGUGCUCAGGUGGCACUACUUUGUGCUCAGGAAGAUCCAACAGAUCGGCCCACCAUGACAGAUGUUGCUGCAAUGCUGAACUCUGAAAGUAUAAGCUUACCAAUGGAGCCUAAGCAGCCCGCUGCGCUGAUCCAUGGGUGUGCCGAGAGAGACACGACAUCAACAUAUGUGAGCCAAUCAAGCAGGACAAUAGACAUAACGAUAACGAGUUCAGCUCCAAUGUCGACCAGAGUUCGAAUCAUUCUAGACCCGGAGGUUUGAUAUAAUGGAGAACAUUCAGUAGUAGCAUAUAUAUACCAAAAAAAUGUAAGCAAGGAUUAUGGUCUUUUUAUACGGCUCAGGUAGUGUAUAUAUUCGAGAUAUUAAGACCAGUUUUGUAUAGUGAAAAUAAACAUGAUUCUGUAGUACCAACUACCAAAAUCUUUGCAAGCUUGAUCUUCAGGUUUCUGAGAUCAUACAUGGCAAACCAAAAGCUGGCAUGUUCAACUUGA